AUGCUGGUGGAAAAGACACCAAAGCUGGCAGAGUUGGAUACAAAAUGCGCCGGCUCCGCCUCUGACUACCGUGGACCCGACUUCCGCAAACCGUUCAAGCGCCACUUCAUUGAGGAGUAUGGCAGCAGCACGGAGCACGGCAAGAUUCCAGACUUCCCCGUCUUCUCCGGUCCCUACAGCACGAUGGUGUACCUCGACGAAGUCACUGUGGCAGUGGAACAAAUGCUGUCCAAACUGAAGCAAAGUCCCGGAGACUACUACAACUUCGUUUCUGCACUUUUUUUUCAUCGUCCGUACAACAUGAUGCCGAUCCAGGCCAUGUCACUUUUUGUACUCACGUGGACUGGCACGUGCCCACUCCGAGAAACACAAGAAAUACUUUGCGGAUCUUUGCGCAAAGGCAAAGGUGGAUCCUGCUGA